AUGCAGGAUGAACAUGUUUUGAAUCACUCAAGCAAGAACUCGUCAGAAAUAAUACAAAGCAAGGAAAUAAAAAAUGUAAACGUUAACAGCACCUCCAGUCAUGUAACUAUUGUACAUGACACAACCUCCUCGGCUAUGGAAACAAUACCCAAUCAAGACAAACAAUAUGACUACAAUGUCCAUUGCCCGUUUGGUAAUAGCGAUCGACCUUUAACAGAGAUCAUCGAAUUGUGUGAAGAUGUAAUUAGUAUCGAUCCAGAUAGUAGUUUAAACAAAACCCUGCAGGAAAACUGUUCAUUACUUAAAACCCCAACAAAAGACCAACAAACUGUUACAUUAAAAUCAACCCACUGUAAUGAAGCAGCGGAAUCAGGGUGUGAAAUUAAUACUAUUACUAAUCUGGCGAAUGGCGAAUCUCUUGCUCCCGAAACACACCAAUCGAACGAAGAAUUGUCCCAUUCCAUGCCAGCGAAAACAGUUAAUUCAACUUUAAAAACACAAUCAGAAAAAUCGGGUCCCUCCCAACAGGUCAGGGCAAAAAGCAGUGAAUUAGUUUUCGGACAAACGCCAAAACAAAACACUGCAAAUAAGGUCAAAGGUCACAAGUCAAUCAAGUGUACAAAACGUUUAUCGAAAGAGAUAUAUUACGAAAACAAUAUAUCUGGGCUAAUCGAUAAAAGUGAAAUAAAUUGCAACCCAGGGGUGCCUGUCAGACAUGCGGAGUGGGUGGGACGGCUACCUUUGAUUGAAUCUUCAUAUAAGUCUGCAUCGUUAAGAAAAUCUACGACUUUAAACGAUUUCCAGCGAUCGUGUAAGAGAAAUUUUCGGAAGAGUCGUUCAAACCACCGUCCCCGGGACUGGCAGAGGUACCUCGAAUUUGUUCGGAAAACGUUACAUCCUCGUGUGACUCGGCCUCCAAUUCGUCUACGAACAACAAAAUAA